AUGCCGUCCACCUCUUCGUUACCUAACCAGGCCUCGGCGCCUGCGCAUGUCUCAGGGGGUACUUCAGCAUCAGCGGCCGCCCUCGUGCCCGUCGCUAGCUCCGGAACCGUACCUCCAUUCGAGCCAAACCUUCAAGACUCGCUGAACGGGCCGCACCGAGAUGGCCGAAUCCGCAACCCCGUUCCCAGCAAGCUCAAAGGGAAAACCGACGGCUCCAAGGGUAACUUUGGCGUCAUGCAGAUAGAGGUGGCGGGAAGGACAGAGGCUAUGGACCGUGAUGCUGAGGCGAAGCGGACAAGCGAGAGCACCGAGUUGGCCGCCAAGCGUGCAUUCGAGGACGGCUAUGUCUCCCUCCGCAGAAGCCGGUUCGUCCAUCUUCCAGACGAACCGGUGGCCAAACCCUUCGUUCCUGCACAAACAGCUCCGCCAGCACCCGUGCGGGUUCAGCGUCGCACCCCCCUGGGCCCUGAGGAGACCAAAUCAGAGCAGGCACGCUUGCUGACUUUGCUACGGAGCUUGCAUCCUGUGCUAGUCGUUGAUCAGAUAUGCAAGGCGUUGGCUUUCUUUGGGGGAAUUCCCGGAGCACCACCCCCGGAAGCCGGCGGCUUUCCGGAAAGCGCAGAAGCGAACGGCCCUGGUAGCCUGUUUGUUGGCUGGAUUGCAGAGAUAUUCCCCAAACUGGGAGGCGAUUAUAGUCAACAGACAUUGGAUCCCACUUUACAACUCGAUAACCCGCCACCGGUGAAGCGCAAGCGCGGUCGGCCAAAGGGCAGCAAGGCUACCAAGGCACGAAAGGAUAAAGGUGUCAAAAAGGGACCUAAACCUUCAACAUCUGGGGACCAAGCUCAGACUUCCGGGGUUGCAGAUGAGAGCUGGGCCGACAUCAAUGACAGCGGUGCGGAGGGCGCCGAUGAAGUCGAUGCCAAUGUGAUGCUCCUCGCGCAGGCUGCUAAUCCGCAGUCUCAGCUUCGCGAUUCGCGUUUGAAUGUCGGCCCUAUGACACCUACCCAGACCUCCGGCGCGGCUAGGACCGCAUUGCCGGAAACAUCCGUCGUUGGCGGCGUGGCAACUGGAGGUACUCCGACCACCAGGAAAAGGGGUCGUCCAAAAGGGUCAAAGAAUCGGCCCAAAAGCCUCUCUGCGAAUAGCACGACAAACCUUGGGGCGACACCGCAGGCGGAAACUUUGCUCGCCCAAGGAUUCGGUUUCACUACACAGGCUUCUCAGGCACCUCAACUGGAUCGAGCGGCCCAGGUUCCCUCAGGUUCAGCAGGGCCACAAUCGUUCACAGCGGUGAACUCGAGUUCACCAGUGUCCAUUAAAAAAAGGACCGGUCUAGCGAGUGGUCCUCCAUCCAACCAACAAGGGCAAGACCAAGGUCAAAUAAGCCCACCUGUGACAGCACCGGACCGACAGAGGGGGGAGGGUGACCUUGAACAGAGAAACCCAGCUCCCGCUUUGCAAGUCCAAGCACCUGGGCAUCAGGUACUGCGGGCAAACCAAGCUCCAGACACUCAGAACCUGACACUCUCGCCGCUUCUUACGGCUAGUCAAACCCAGGCUAAGACGUCCAGAAGCCCGGGACAAAAGAGGAAGAGCCGAGGGGACGGGAACACGGCCGCUCCUGGGCUUCCCGUGAUCGAGAGCAGCAACUAUGCCUCCAUGCCGAGCCUGAAUGGGCAUGCAACACCUCCAUUAUUAAAUAAUGAGGGACCACAACUUCCAGCAGCGGCCCCCGAACCUCCACCGAAACGUCAACGGAAAGGGAAAGACGCCAGGCCGCCGUCAGGGAAAGGGAACGAGGCCGCUGCACAUGUUAGCGGUCGGGUUACUGCUUCCUCUCGGGGUGAACCUCGUCUCUCCGAAUCAGUCCCGGAUCCGAGCUCCGAGCAAGCUUCCAGAGAGGUCAUCGCAGGCAACUCCGGGACAGCGUCGAUUCCCACCUUGAGUGGAGAUCACGCUACGGCUUCGAUGCAGGCUGCCCGUCAAGGCCAAUUUGCGUUGCAGUCGCCUACGAUGGAGAGUCUGGAGGCGCAGCUUCAGGCGCAGUUCGGGCAACAGGUCGAUAUCGAGCAGCGGUCACUGGCGUCGGACGGCGCUGCGGACCAGGCACAGGCGAUGACCACUCUUUUGUCACAGCCACAUCAACGAAAGCCUGGCCAGCAACCACAGCAUCAACUGGGCGACUCUGGGGGUCAUAAUCGGCCGCUAAGUUCACAGCCUCAGCCAGCCAAAGGUCAAGCACACAGCACCCCCUUGGUCUCACACCAGCAGGCGCGAGCAGCCCAGGGGCAAUAUAACCAGUACAACGUUUCGAAUUCGCAGCUCCAGCACCAGCUCCAACAGCAACAUCAACACCGCCAACAGAAACAGCAUAGCUAUGUCUCCGCACAGAGUGAUCAAACGCACCAACAUUCGCAGCAGCAGCAACCACAUCAGCUUCUGGGAGGGCAACAGCACGCACAAAACAGAAAACUCUCCUCGGCCUCUCAUCAUUCGGCAAACACAUCACACCAGCAGCAGCAGCAGCAGCAACAACAACAACAGCCGCAGUGUACUUCGAAUCAGCUGCCAUAUACAGGUAGUCAGCAUCAGUAUCUAGGCGGGCAACAAAGCCUCAGUUCACAACCGCGCUAUCGGCCUCAUAUAGCGACUGCUACUUCAGCGGGUACAGCGUCGUACACCACUCAUCCGUCACCACAGUUCGGCACACCAAUGAGCAACAAUUUCGGCGCGGCUAAUGGUACUUACCGUAGUUCGACUUCAAAUUUGGCCAAUCCUUCGUAUGAUCAACGAGGUCAGGCUGGUACUACCACCACGUUUCGUUCCGCAAGUACGCAUGGCUUGCCACAGCAAUCACCGCCAUUCGGUGCAGCCAGUGCUGGAAUGCAGCACCGGUCUGCAAGUACAGGCCAGCCAGCUCCGCAGAGUGUGCAGGACUUGACAAAUACGCAAGGGUUCGCGGGAAAUGCUUCUUCUGACUGGGGUUUGUUUGAUGCCGGUCACUUGGACACGACUGGACAGCAGGGGACAAUGGGAUUGAACAACCCAAGUUAUGGCAUCAGCACAGCAAGUGUGCGGGCGUCUUCCAAUCCUGGUUCUGCUUUUGCCGCCACUGGUCUCUCUUCUUUUGAUACUUCGGGUCUGGGAAGCAACGAACGCUAUUAUGGAGUUGGGCGGAGAUGA